AUGGAAGCUUAUACUGCUGUAAUUUCUCUUCUUAGAACUCUUGAUCAACCAUAUAUUUCAAAACUCUUUCAUGGUCGCACUGCUAAUGCGCUUGAUUCUCUUCGUGCUACAGCUGAAUAUUUCCAUGAUGUUCUUGAAAAAGCUAGCAAUAAGAGUGGUGUUGACAUUGAAAAAAUCAAAUCUUUGGAGGAAGAAAUUAGAAUUGUUGUUAGUGAGGCAGAGGAUGUUGUUGAAAUGAAAAUUUCAAAAAUCAUCAAAGGCGACAGAUGGACAUUUCGAAUUUUACCACACCAUGAUAUGCUACCAGUUGUUGAAAAAAUGGAUACCACAAAGAAACAAGUGAUGGAGAUUCUUUCUCAUGAUGCUGAUCAAAUUCUUGAAUUAACUGGCGCUUCAUCUAUGAGUGAUCCAAUGUUGUCAGGUCACUUGAAAGAUGAUAUCGUGCAGGGACUUGAUGGUGACUUGGAGAUAAUAGAUAAAAGAUUGAGAGGACCAACGUCGUAUCUAGACAUUGUCACCAUAUCAGGUAUGGGUGGCAUUGGCAAAACAACACUCGCUAAAAAAACUUAUGAUCAUCUUCAAAUCAGGCAUCACUUUGACAUUUUUGUUUGGGUUACAAUAUCUCAAGAAUUUCGAUAUAGAAAUGUAUUGUUAGAAGCUUUACAUUGCAUUUCAAAGCAAAGAGUUAAUGUGAACACAAAAGAUUAUGAUAAGAUGAAUGACAGUGAGUUAGCUGAUCUGGUGCAAAAGAGUCUAAAGGGUCCUAGAUACCUUGUUGUUGUUGAUGAUAUUUGGAGUAGGGAUGUUUGGGAUAGCAUAUCACAAAUAUUUCCUAAUCGCAACAAUGGGAGUCGAGUCUUAUUGACUACUAGGGAAACUGAUGUAGCAAUCUAUGCAAAUACUAGUAUCCAUCAUAAGAUGAACCUCUUGGAUUUAGAUAAUAGUUGGAAGUUACUCCGUGAUAAGGUGUUUGGACUAGAACACGAUCAUCCUCCCGAAUUGGAAGAAAUUGGAAAAAAAUAG